AUGCCACAAUCAAUUCCAAUCUACACCCAUUAUGCUUCUUCAUCGAACGUUUCACCAAUAAAGCGAGUAACUGCAACUGAUAUUUCAAUAAUCGAAGAGGCUGAACCAUGUGAAUUACAUGAUAGAGUCAAUUGUUCAGAAUGUGUGAGUGCUACUAAAUCCAAAAUGGAUCAGGUCUUGAAAAGAUCAAUUUCAUCGAAUGCUGUUAACACAAUUAAAAAGAGAAGAUCGUUUGUCAAUCUACAUAGAACACUGUCACAAACUAGUUGUUACAGUACAGGAUCAACAUCUGAAAAUAAUAUAAAUGACGAAUCGUUUGAUGACUUUAUGCUGCUGCUAUCUGGGGCAAGACAUCAAAGAACUGAUCAAAUGUGGGAAAUAUUGCCCAACGAAUCAAAAAUUUCAUAUCUGAGGCGUUUGUUGGAAAGACAACAACGGGAAGAGGAGUAUGGACAUAAAAUAUCGUAUGAUGAUUUAAAAACAUUGACUAGCAGUGGCAGAGGUGCUGUUGUGUCACAAAUAUUGAAUAAAAGAGGAGGUACGAAGAGAGCCCAGAGAGAGAGACAUAAUGGUUCAAAAUUAAAUGAUAGAAGGAGUCGAAUAAUAAGAGAAAUAGCCGAGGAGAUAUACGACGAAUUUUUGCAGCAAGAAUUAGAACAAUAUGAAAGAGGAGAAGAUUUUGGCCAAAAUACUCAUCAAAAUCGAGAAAUUGAAACGCCAAUAAAGGAUAAACCUGACUCAAUCAAAAAAAAAUCAAUUCAAUACGAUGAACUUCAAUUGGAGCGAGAUCAUCAACAACUUGAUAUCAAAAUCAAGGAAUUGAAUGAAUUAUUGGAUAAAUUGUCAAGCUUUUCUCCACUACCAACGCCUUCAACAGAUGAUGGGCAAACAAUUCCAAAUAACGAAACACCAGUGACAACAAUAACAAAAAAAUCAGCCAAACCUUAUGCAAAAAACAUUGCGUUUAACCAGUUGCCAAAAACAACUACCCAGGAGAAGAACCCCGGUUUCAUCAGCUGUCUGGCUUUGAAGUCAAAGAGUUUUAUUAAUAUAUUUAAACACAAGAAAAAGAAGAAACCAGCUGCACAAAACUUAUAUAGAACACCUAACCCAAGUUAA